AGGGAAUACGAGCAGGUCCGGCCCAUAAUCUCACCUGUUAACUUGCCUUUCCGUUAUCCACUUCCAAAUUGAGAGAGAGAGAGAGAGAGAGAGAGAAAAUUGGAAGGCAAAAGGAAAAUCAAGAAACCCAAAACUCCAAAAUCAUGAGGUCAUUGUAUUUCACUCCACCAGCUACACCCAUUCCAAUCCGUAAUCCUCGUAUAUCACUCACAAAUGGCGCUCCUGAGCUGUGUUUCCCGGUUUCAUUUCAGCCAAUUCAGCCUCUUAAACAUUCAUUCACUGUUCUAAAAUCUCAGUCUCAUCCAAACCCACAGAGCAACGCACAUGGAGGAGGAGGAGGAGAAGAAGACCCAGAUGCCCAAGAUGCUCAAGUUCAAGACCUGAGGGUCCCAGAGCAUUGGUCGGUCCCAUCCAAGGCCUUGGAGCCUGUUUUUCAGGAAUCCGAGUGGCUCAGGGUUACCCUGCAUAAAUGGUUGGAUGAUGAGUAUUGUCCAGAGGAAACCAAUGUGGAAAUCAGCAAGGUUGCUGCCAAGUCAUACUACGAGUCUCUGCUACAGAAACAAACCGACCUGGGCGAAAUAUUGUUGAAGAUGGCCAAAGAAUUGGAAUCUAUUUCCUAUCAAGAAAGCUUUCAUGGGGCAUUCUCCUCCGCAAAUGCAGCGGUGAGCUUAAUUGUCCAACGUAUAGAGCAGGUCUAGUUGUUCAACAAUUUUUUUUGUUUCUUAAAUGACAGAAAACUUUAAGGCAGUGCCACUUUGUGUACCCACCCUUAAAAGACAAACGUUGAACUCAUGCAAAGCACCCCCCACACAGAUCGGAUAAGACUCCCGCGGGUGCAAAUAUAAUUAACUAACCGUGCUUUUGUGCAAAUAUAAUUCUACCUUCACUUGUGUGGUGGUUGAUUCUCUACAGUUGAAUAUUCUUCAGAAUUCACAAGUUGCAUUUUCCUUUGUGAAAUCUGAAGACAGGAUCUUUACUUGUGCAUCUUUUAGAAAGGUCAAAAAGAGCAGGUUCGCCCAUUUUCUUUUAGGUUAAUCUGCUCUCCUUUCUGUUGCUCCAUUUUUUGUUCAUGUGAAUUGCUCGUGUGUGAAAUCUUAUAGGAGAUUUGUGUGUUGAUUGCUCCA